AAAAAUCAGUUGUUUAUAAUGAUUUGGAGUGUGUUCUUAUUUCUGUUGGCUGCUCUUUUACGGCCGGUUCGUGGUGAUCUGGAUGCCCAAAGCCGCAUCAUUGGAGGUUAUGAUGUGGAUAUUGAAGAUGCCCCGUACCAGGCGGAAGUAAUAAUAGAUGGCACAGCAAUAUGCAGUGGGGCGAUCAUCACAUCAGACACCAUCAUCACAGCAGCUUCGUGUGUCCAGUCCUACGGUUCAAUUGAAGUACGCGUGGGCACCAGUUCCCGCGAUUAUGAUGGAACUGGAUUCCUGCUCGAAGUCUGUGAAAUAAUUAAUCACCCGCAGUACAAUUGCUGGCGUUUCGAUAACAAUCUGGCACUGUUGAAGUUGUGCGAUCCGCUCAAGACCUCCGAAGCUAUUCAGCCCAUCAGCAUAGCAGAGGAUGAACCGGACGAUGGUUCGUGGUGCACUGUCUCCGGCUGGGGAUCCACCAGUUGGUGGGGCAGCUGGUGGGACAGGUGCUUCGGCAGUCUGCCGGACUAUCUGCAGAUGGCAUGGGUCAGCGUCUACAAUCGGGAGCAGUGCGCCGCGGAUCGCGGUGUUUGGUUCGGACUCUGGGACAAUGGCAUCUCGUACCUUACCCUCUGCACUCAUAAUGGCGCCGGAGGAUGCUCCUACGAUACGGGAGCUCCCUUGGUGAUAGAUGGACAACUCGUGGGCAUUCUAUCCGAAGGCGGCUGCACCACCAAACCAGAUGUCUACGCCAAUGUACCUUGGUUCACAGGUUGGAUUGCCGAGAACACCGAAGAUGAGGAUACAACCGCUUCGACAAGUACUUCUAGUGAUAGUAGUACCACUGUGGCUAGCACUACAACUGCUACUGUACCGAGCACUGUACCUAGUUCUGAACCUAGCACAGAACCUGUUGCAGUACCUAGUACUGAACCUUCCACCAGUACCGUACCCAGUACCAUAUCUAGUACCUUACCUAGUACAGUCUCUAGUACCUUACCUAGUGCAGUCUCUAGUACCUUACCUAGUACAGUCUCUAGUACCUUACCUAGUGCAGUCUCUAGUACCUUACCUAGUACCUUAUCUAGUACUACAUCUAGUACUUUACCUAGUACAGUAUCUAGUACCUUACCUAGUACCUUAGCCAGUACUGUAUCUACUACCUUAUCUAGUACUGUAUCUAGUACCUUACCUAGGAUUGAAGAAAUUACUGUACCAAGUACUGUAGCCAGUACGGUGCCUAGUACUGUGCAAAGUGCUGAGCCGAGUUCUUUACCUAGUACUGAACAGGUUACCAUACCAAGUACUGUACCUAGUACUGUGACGAGCACUAUAAAGAGUACUGAACCGAGUACUGAAGCCAGUACUGUACCUACUACUGUACCCAGUACUGUGACGAGUACUAUAGCGAGUACUGAACCCAGCACUGUACCCAAUACUGUGACGAGUACUAUAGCGAGUACUGAAGCCAGUACUGUACCUACUACUGAACCCAGUACUGUGACGAGUACUAUAGCGAGUACUGAACCCAGUAGUGCGGCAUCUAGUACAGUACCUGGUAAUGCCCCAAGUACUUUAGCCAGUGCAAUACCUAGUACUCCCUUUACUACGUUGAGUCCUUCGCCUAGCAUAAUAACUACGAUCAUGACGGCAACUGAACCAAUAUCUACUGAAAGUCCUGAUACCGAGGGAUAAUAAAGAAGGUCUAUUAUAAUAAUAUAAUUAACACUCCUUAAUAAAAGAAACUGUGACAUCAGC